AUGGCCGGCUGGAAUGGCUUCAUUCCAGUUGGCAAGUCGCUCGGCGGCGGCCACAGUACGCCAACAAAACUGAAGAAGGGCAGCAUGCGCUUCAAAGGACUGGUGGAUGUGCAUGAGAUGAUUGUGGCCAACAAGCCGGGCCAGACCGGCAUAGGGCCGGCGAGCAAGGUCAGCUUUGACCUCUAUCUCGUCCAGCCUCCCCAGGAUGUCUACCGGCCCUUCCGACACUACGUUGUCUGUCCUCCACCCGCCCCUGCCCUCUCGGGCCACGAGAAAUAUCUCUCACUCUCUGCCCAUCCUUCCUCCUCCUCCCAUUACCAACCCCCUAACCCCACCAGCCACAGCCUCUUGCCCAAAUCCUUCCAAAACCUCAACUAUCAACAAUCUUAUGCUGCCGCUCUGGCUGAACGCAAUCAGUUCCUUGAUAACCUUAGGAAGUCUCAGGCACUCAUCAAGGCCGCUGACAAUUGCUCAACUGUCAUGCGCACUAAAUUUGUUAAUGAGAUUGAUAGCUUUUGA